CAGGAGGAGACAGGAGAGUGGGAUUGGUGGGGAGGGGUUCUGGGAACAGGGUAACUGCCUGGGGGCACUCUAGGGAGGCUGAGGCUGUACAGAGCACAGGAGCAGGGUGGGAACGACUAGUAUGGAUCCAGGGGGGGCAGAAUCUCAGCAGCCUCUCCCUAGGGCUCUUGGGAGAGGGAGCCGGAAAUCUGGGAGUCGAAAGAGGCAGCAGAACCAGAACCCGGAUGUCCGUCUGUCCAAAGCCUUGUCCUAUGUUUUGCGUCAUGGAGCAGCCCAGCUGGGGCUGGAGAUGGGUGCUGAUGGGUUCGUAGACGUGGCUGCCCUGCUGAGCCUGCCCCGCUUUGGGGGUGUCUCUGUGGCCGAUGUGCGACACGUCGUGGAGACUAACGAGAAGCGCCGCUUUGCCCUGCGCUCCCACCCUAGUGACGGGCACUUGCAGAUCCGUGCCAACCAGGGGCACUCACUGCAGCAGGUGUCAGAGCUAGAGCUGAUCCCACUGCUGGAGCCCACAGCCCUACCCCAGACCAUGGCCCAUGGCACUUACCUGCGACACUGGCCGGCCAUCUGCCAGGGGGGCCUUUCCCGCAUGGGGCGCAACCAUAUCCACCUAGCACCUGGGCUGCCCGGGGAUGGACAUGUCCUCAGCGGGAUGAGGCAGGACUGUGAUGUGGCUAUAGUGAUCAAUGGGCCCCAGGCGCUGGCAGAUGGGAUCAAGUUCUAUCGCUCAGCUAAUGGUGUCAUCCUCACACCGGGUGAUGCCGAAGGCCUCCUGCCUCCCCAGUACUUCCAGAGAGUCCUGCAGCUCCGGCCUGACAGGCAUCUGCUACCCCUCAAGUGACCCCCACAGGGCCGAGCCGGCUCCAGGGUCAUGACAUAGAGGAGAACCAGGGCAGGAGAGAGCAGUGUAAAAUAACAUCCCUAUUGUUCCA